AGGAGGAUGGAGGAUGGUAGUGGUUCGAGCCGGCUACACAGUAGGGCGUUAAAUGACGGGCGAAAGUUGCCUAGCUUCCCGAUAGAGUGUCUGCAAUCUAUUUGCAGUGCUUUAUUUAUACAUCUAGUUUUUCAACACCGGCAAUCGUUAUCGUUCCGAAUUGCGCAAACGUCGACGCGUUCGCUCUUCCGAAAUCGUCUAUCACGAUUGUAGAUGGAAUAAAAACAAGAAUAACAAUCGCUACUUGCAAGUCAUUUCGCUGAAAAAUCGAAUCUCUAAAGAAUAAAACUAAAUCACUACUACCCGACGACUCCAAUAAAAGGCAGUGUCGUGCGUUAUAGCCAGGGCGGUGUCUAGUCUAGCCUACAAUCAGCUCCACCCAAACCGCUACUUUCGCGUGCCAAGUUCCAAAACUCGUUCAAAAUUGGGUCGCGAAGGUUCUUAAAUAUGUCGUUAAAAUACGGCAUAGACAAACCAGAUCUACCGGGUCUGGAAGAGCUAAAAAGAUUGCAAGGAUACUACGAUAUUGAUUACGAAGGUCCUUUUCCGGAACAUCUUCAAGAGAAGAUAAAAGCAAUCAUGAUGUUACCGGACGAGCCGUACUAUUCUGAUGAUGAUACCUAUUACAACGACGCAGUGCAGAUUUACGACCUUUGCUUAUCACCAACGGUGAAGCAGACUGCGCAUUUUAUGUUUGUUUUGAUCAUAACAAACAUACUAUAUCAUUGCCUCGCCAAGAUCUCUUAUCGCAUUUCUGAUUCCCUGGUACACGUUAUGUCAACCAUAAUUGGAUUGACCUAUCUAUACAUGUUCAGCUUCUACGGCAAUGUUGAGGUAUUGUUUAUCAUCCCGGUGGUAUACUUAUCAUACUACGCUUUAUGCGAAAUGGAGCAAAGAGUUUUUGAAGCUGAGUUCAGCACUGGGAUAACAAUUGGGGCAACGUUUGCAUCAAUCCUCAUUUCCUGUGAAUAUUACUAUCCUGACCAUGAAGCUUGGUUGAAAGUCAGAAGCGUUGUGAUGGUAGCGAUGAUGAAGAUCAUCUCUCUGGCUUUCGAUAUACAUAGAAAUCACCGUCUACCAACUCUUAUCGAAUAUAGUGGCUAUAUAUGGUGUCCAGCCAAUAGUCACGUUGGACCUUGGAUCACAUUCAAGGAAUAUAACCGUGGUAACAGAUCUAAUACAAUUAAUUUUAGCUGGGUUAUCGGUCUAAUAAAAUAUUUUAUCAUGGCGAUGGGAUUUGUUUGUUUCAGUAAUUGCAUCAGCACAUAUUUAAUUAGCGAUAACUCCAAUAUAUUUUUGCUCUCCUUCCGUCAUGCGAUGAGUUUCAGAAUGAGCCACUAUUUCAUUUCUUUCGUCGGCUCAACUGCAAUGGUUGCAGCAGGAUUUCGGAACGAUAUUAAAAGCUCACACGUAUUUUGGAAUUACACUAUAACCAGACCGUACGAAACCGAAUUUCCUAGAUCUCUGGCUUGCGUUGUCGCCAACUGGAACUUACCGGCUCACAACUUCCUUAAGAAAUAUAUUUAUCCGUUGUUCCUACCGUACGGACAGUUAAUGGCUGUACUCAUGACAUUCUUUGUAACAGCUAUGUUGCUUGGGUUGAGUGUCGAAGUGUCUGUCGUUUUGCUCACACUAUGCGUCUUCUCAUAUGCCCAAUCCAGAUUCCAAGAACGAACCGCGAGGAUGCUGGAUGCCUGCAUUCGUAUUAGACCAUGCAAGGUUUGCAAAUAUUACUAUCGUUGCGAUUCUAACCUUGUCCGCUUCUUCAAUCUCUUGUACACUAUUUCAACCAUCAUCCUUAUGACUUACAUUGGUUGCUUGAUGGAAGACAUCAAUCACACACGUACUGUUAGAGAAAUUGCAGAUGGCAUCACAUUCAAGUGGUCCCAGCUAAAUGGUAUCGGCCAUUUCAUAUCCUGUAUCUGUCUUACUAUAAGUUGGAUACUGGGUUAAAUCUACAUAAAUUUCCCCUGCUCCGUCCUACCCACUUAUCAACCAGAGCUGUUAAUUUAUCAGUAUUAUUUUAAUUGUUUUCUUUAAGUACUUAUUCAGUAUUCCAUUAUUCCUUAUUCACUUGUAAUUGAAUAGUAUUUAAAUUAUGGUUUCUUUUGUGAUAUUUCUUUAAAACAAAAUCCAAAUAGCUUUGAUCCUUUGCAUGCAAUCUGUUUCUCUAAAUAAUCUUAUAUGUGUUGAAUGUUGUUACUCGUAAUCCUAAAUGUAUUAUUCUUAAUCGCAUUUCGAGAACGAACCAAAGACUAUUCAUUUAUUUUUAUUUUUUAUAUACAUUGCCGUUGCUUAAUUAUAUUUUCUUGGUUUAUAAUUCCUUGAAACAAAAAGACUUAAUAUUAAUUAAAGUUAAUGAUAUGAUUUGUUUGAUUGAGAUUUAUGUAUGCGCAAACAUACAAAUCAUCGUGAGAGAAAGAUCUGAAGUUCGAUGAGCAUAUUAAGCUUUAAUGAUGGACAUUUACAAUCAGUUAUUAAUUUAUAAUAUUUUCAAUUCCAUUAUGAACUAUUUCCAUUUUGAUGAAAAUCUUUGAAUGUUCUUCCCCGCUCCAUAUCAUAACGUAUACAAUUCCAAAAAAACGAUAUUUAGAGGUAUUAGAUGUAUUGUUAGAUGAAUGUAAUGUAUUUGUAGUAUAUUUCCUCUAAACUGAUUGUCUUGAAAUACUGACAAUGAUCAUAAUGUAAUCUUGAUCAACUUGCGCAUAAAGGUUUUCAUGGAAAUUGAUUUAUCUAAUAUUAAUUGAGAUAUCCUUUACGAUUAUGUAACUUAUGUUUUGAGUUUUGCGAUGAAAGGGGAGCAACUAUGAUUAUGUUAAUAUUGUUUUAUAAUUGAGGACUGAACUGAAUUUACAUAUAA